AAUCAGGCCGACUGUCCCCAAAACCCAGAUCAAAAUAGAUUAUUCUUUGUUCUGUUUUUGAAAGGAGAUCAGCAUGAGCACAUUAGACAGCAGGUAGCCUCAAACAGCCCAUGCUGGCUGCAAGAUGGUCUCUUCAAUUUCACCAUUAAGAAGCACAGACACUGUGAGUCAGUCUGUUUUUACUGUCUGCUCCUCCUGCAUCUGCGGGGGCCCUAAAACAUUUUCUCAACUGCCUCCAUAUCACUGGUUCUUGUUCAAGUUGACUGUGGUACUUUCUCUCUUUUUUUAUUGGGGGAUAACCUACUUUUAGAGACGUGUGGAUUCGGUCUACCCACCCGUACAGUCUAUGCACCAUUUUACGCAGGAUUGUUGUUUCCAUUUUAUGGCAGUAUGAAAUAGACUAUCGAUUUAACCUGCCCUAUUUCAACUUUGGCCAAGAUUGGAUUUUUUAAACGAGCUGGGCUGGGCAUCUCCGGCCGGGCCCGCCUGGGAGCAGAGGAUCACAGGGACUGUGCGACUCGCAGGGUCGGAGUGCGCAAAGCGACGCGCCGUAAUUCAUCCGCAGUUUCCAGGCGGCGCGCAGGUAGAAGCGGAGAGGAGAGGAAAGGAAGCAGCCGCUCCGGACGGACGGACGCACGGACGACACGGCCGGGGAUUUGCAAUUCUCGACAGAUUUGUUCCACGUAAGCCACGAACUGUUGUUCCUUCCCCCCCCUCGGUGCUCGCAUCGCUUCGGAACCAGCGGCUCCAUCUGGCGCAGCGCUCACCCAUCUCCCCUCUACGACAAAAGUUUGACUGUUAAAAAAUGAUGCUCUGCUCCGCUGAUGUGUUUUCGUGCAGUGCUGUCUUGGAUUCCGGCGUCAGCGUGAGUGGCCAGUCAUCACUUGAGAAAUAGCUGCGAUUCUUUCGGUCCUAAUUUCGGUGCCAGUUUUCAACAAACAGGGGGCUUUUAUUCUCGCACACCAUCACUCGCCCGGGAUUGCAUCCAUUUGAAUUAAUGUCGCACUCCAUAAUGGACUUCCUUGGACUGUACUUUUUGCAGCUGGCUCUCAUCGGAGUCCCACAUAUGGCUCUGUCUGCGGGCGGGAGGGACUGUCUGCGCGCCGGAGACACCUGCUCCAGCGAUGACACCUGCAGCCCGCGACUGCGCACCCUCAGGCAGUGUGUGGCGGGGGAUGGCAGCGUGAAGCUGGGCCCCGGGGCGCGGAACCAGUGCGAGAACGCCAUGACAGCGCUUCUGUCCACCCCUCUGCACGGCUGCCAGUGUAAACGAGGCAUGAAGAAGGAGAAGAACUGCCUCAGCAUCUACUGGAGUCUGCACCAGUCCGUGCUGCACGGGCUGAACCUGGUGGAGAGCUACCCGUAUGAACCGGAGGAGAGGGGCUCCGACUACGUCCGUCUGGCCUCCAUCGCUGCAGAGUCCGAAGUAACGACGGUGAACCGCUGCCUGGACGCCGCCAAGGCGUGCAACAUAGACGAGACGUGUCAGAAGCUCCGCACGGAGUACGUGUCGGCCUGCAUCCAGCCGUCGGCCCGCUCGGGCCCGUGUAACCGGCCAAAGUGCAACAAGGCGCUGAGGAAGUUCUUCGACCGCGUUCCCCCCGAUUACACCCAGGAGCUGCUGUUCUGUCCCUGCACCGACACGGCCUGCGCCGAGCGCCGCAGGCAGACCAUCGUGCCGUCCUGCUCCUACGAGGACAAAGACAAGCCCAACUGCCUGGCUCAGCUGAGGAUCUGCAAGGCCGACUACGUGUGCAGGUCUCGCUGGGCACAGUUCCAGUACGACUGCCAACCCUCCGAGCAGAGCAGCAGUGGCUGCAAGCAGGAGAACUACGGAGCAUGUCUACAAACGUACACCGGCCUCAUAGGAAGCACAAUUACUCCCAACUACCUUGACAACUCCACAUCCAACGUGGGACCCUGGUGCUCCUGCGCAGCGAGCGGCAACCACAGGGAGCAAUGCAGCGACUUCCUGGCUUUUUUCCACGACAACAUCUGCCUGAAAAACGCCAUCCUGGCCUUCGGGAACGGAUCAGACGUGAAAACGGGCGCCGGCCAGCCCGGGAUGCCCAGUCCGGCGUCCGACAACCAGAGCCCACACCUGGCAACCACCGCCCCGGGCGUCUCCAUGGAAACAGAGCAGAACAUUCUGCGAGCACAGAUACCUACUCAGGUAAACGAGAACGACAGACUGUGGGGCGACGAGGGCGACUCCACCCUUCCCUCCCCGGGCCUUUCGGACCGCGGGACCAAGUCCGUCAGCCUCCCCCUCCUGCUGGGUCUCAGCUGCCUGCUCCGGGUGCUUCUCCUGGACCCGUAAGAGGCCCUGAACUCACCGGGGCCUCCGUGGACAAAACUCCAGAUCCAGGGUGGGGAGGGGAGGGAGAAAAACAGCCAUUUCUGUGUCGAAUGACGGUGGAAGGGAGAACGGGUCCACUCUCCCUCACAACAAAAAAAAACAAAAAAAUCCAAAAAAAAAACAUCACACUUAAUCUCUUUUUGUGAAUCAUGACUCAGAACAGAUGUUGUGCAGCCCUUGAGAAGACACUACAGCACAAGGGGGAAAAAAACAAAAAAACAAAACGGGAACUACACACCUCAUUUCCUGCUUCACGCCUGCCCAAACACAAACUUUUUACACACACACACAGCGCGCAGACUUCGCUCAUCCGAAAAUAACCUCCAGACUACAGCGAGACACGCUUCAGAUGGUGUACAGUGGAAAAGACACUGAAGGUGCGGUGCGCAGGUGGAAAACUCUAAAUAAUGUAUAAAAACAAAACAAACAAAAAAAAAAGUUUUUCUUUUGUCCUUGAACAUUCCUUGGUGUUAAAGAAGAAUAUUAAAUGUUAAGACUUUUUCUCUAAGACAAAAGUGUUACACGAGAUUUAAGCUGGAACGUGUGCGUGUGUGUUCGUCCACAUGCAGCGCUCCACCCAUUCAGCUUCGCUCCUUUUCUUUUUUUUUGUUGUUGUUUUUGACGCCGCCACAUUUUCUAUAUAUUUUAAAUUGAUAAUUUUUUCUUACUCAAAGUGUUAGAUGGAAGCACAUGUUAUAAUCGAGUCCAAUCACAGUGAAAUUCUUUGACUGUUCGUUGUUGUGCUUUCAGUUGCAGGUAUGAAGAGUUCAAUUCCAAAUCAAAGAAUAAAUAUAUAUAAAGGAAAACAUUGAUUACUUAUUCAUUUUGAUGUCUUGGAAAAUGGUGCAUACCUCAGUUUGGAACGGGACUCUUCAUAUAUAUAUAUAUAUAUAUAUUCAUCCAUUUGAGCUUUAAGUGUGUGAAGGUCUGACAAACAUCUCGGGUCUGUCCCUGAAAUAAAACAAACAAAAUAUAUAAAUAUAUAUAUAUUGUGAGUUCGGUGAAGCUGCAAGAGAUGGAGACAUGUUUAUAUUUUUUAAGUGUGACUUUGUGACCAAUCAUGCUUUACCGUUCUCUCUGGGACGUGCACGUCGGGACGCAUGAACAGACGCACCUGUCGCUGGUGAGAUGAAGGAGGUGGCGACCCGUGUUGCCACGCCACCUGCUGGGACGUCAAAAUAUUGUUUUAAAAAAAAGAAGAAAAAAAAAGCACAGAUAUGAUUAGUGGAGUGGACAUGUGUAUGGAAAGUGUUAAAUAUAUACAGAAGGGACGAGCAGGAGUGUUUAUUUUUCUUAUUUUUUAAUUUUCUUUUUUGGAGCAAUCUUCAGUACUGCCACUGAAUUCAUUUGUUCCACUGCUUCGUUUAAUUGACACUUUCAACUUGGACCUAAUAAAGCGAAACACUCCUGAUAACGGCUACGACGGCACACGAGUUCAGGUUGUACAAGAAGAAGAAGAACUGUUCCUACGUGAUGUCAUUUUGAAAUGAAAUGUGUGUCAGGGCCUGAAAUGAAUUGUGAACAACUGUCUUAAAGGGCCAGUUCACUGAAAUCACAGUAAUAGUCAUGUAGAUAAUUCUUUUUGUUUGUUUAUUUUACUGGACCACGUUUGAUUCAUUCUCAGAUAUCUGCUACCAUCCAAAUACAAUAAAGAUAAAAGUUUCUCUAUAAA